AUAGGCGCCACUUAGCCUCCCCAUGCAGCAGUUCAUGUCAGCACCCCACAAUGUCCGGUUAUCCAACUGUUGCUCUGGCCACCUUUGCGCUCUGUUUCAUUCUUUGCCUGAAUGGAACUGAAGGCAGUCAUCUGAGGUUUCCAGGACCCGCGGCGGGCAAGUUUCUGCAAAGACAGGAACAAGCUCCAUAUCCACCAGCAGGCCUGGUCCCCGAUCCGCCAUUCGAACUGCCCACAGAGGAGGCGGUUGAAUUUCCUCAGCCAGAGGAGACAUAUGGUCCUCCAGCUGAAACAUACGGGCCGCCGGCAGUAGUGGAAGCGCCAGCUGAGGCCUACGGCCCACCGGAUCAAGUUUACGGGCCUCCCGAUCAGACCUACGGACCUCCAGACCAGCCAACCAACGACGUCAGCUCCAACACCUUGCCACAAAGCGCAGCUAUAAUUGAUUUGGCAAGUUUGCCGCUGCCACCCCAGGCUCAGUAUGUUCUUCCGCUACUGAACCGCUUGGCUGCCUUCCGCCCACAGCGUCCGGUUCUGCUGACUCCGCAACGUCGUCCUGCUAAGCUUACGGCUCGACCUCGGCCCCAUACAGCCAAGAUUGUGAAUGCUAUUAGGCCUGCUCCAGUGUUCCCAUCGACUCCACAGGCAUUGCCCUUCGUGGAUCGCCGAAUUCCUUUCCGCCCACGACCAUCACGCCUGAUUGUAAAUGCGCCCUUGAGACGCCCAUCCAGGCAAUAGACUACAUCACUCAGCACUCCAACCAAUGCUAGAAAUGCACUGUAAAUAAAGUUUGUUGUUUA